CUUCACACUUGUGUCCCUCUGCCUAAAAUCGAUAAGUGAUUGGUUUUCUUGAUGUUAAAGAUUUUGUGGGUCAAGUAAGGUGUUGACAGAAGGGUUCGUCAUGGCCUUGAAAAGGAGACGGGCGACAUCCCCUUCUAGCAGUAUUGCUGUAUGUCAUGAACUGUACAAUACAAUAAGAGAUUACAAGGAUGACCAGGGCAGGAUGUUGUGUGAGCUGUUCAUCAGAGCCCCUAAACGAAGAAAUCAACCAGACUACUACCAUGUGGUCUCUCAGCCUAUUGACAUGAUGAAAAUCCAGCAGAAAUUAAAGAUGGAGGAGUAUGAUGACGUUGAACAACUCACCAGUGACUUUCAGCUGUUAUUUAACAAUGCAAAAACAUAUUACAAGUCUGACAGUCCUGAGUACAGGGCAGCCUGUAGACUGUGGGACCUUUACCUGCGGACCAAGAAUGAAUUUGUUCAGCGAGGGGAAUAUGAGGAGGACGAUGACGAUGGGUUUGAUGCACAAGACAACCCUGGAGGGUCUACUGAAGAUGAGAGUGCACCUACCUGCUUGAAAGAUGUCCUUGAGCAGCUCCUUGAUGCUGUGGUGUCUUACACUGAGCCUACUGGCCGUCUAGUCAGCGAGCUGUUCCAGAAGCUUCCCUCCAAAAUGCAAUACCCAGAUUAUUAUGCCAUCAUUAAGGAACCAAUUGAUCUGAAAAUCAUUGCUCAAAAGAUUCAGUUGGGCCACUACAAGAGUGUCAGUGCCAUGGCUAAAGAUAUAGAUUUGCUGGUCAAGAACGCCAAAACUUAUAACGAACCUGGAUCACAGGUGUUUAAGGAUGCGAACACCAUUAAAAAGAUUUUUGCACAAAAGAGGUCUGAGAUGGAACAUGGAGAACCAAUCAAGUCCAGCAUUCGUAUCAGGAAUAGAAGGUCUGCCCAGGGAGACCGCCUCUCAGCUAUCACCAUGGCUCUUCAGUAUGAAAGUGAUGAGGAAGGCAUACUCUCUGGGUCUGUUCACUAUGAUGAGGGGGAAUCUGAGGCAGAAAGUAUGACCUCUAACAUGGACAUGAGUAACCCGAUCUUCCAGCUGUAUGAAGCUGUGCGAGGUGCCAGGAACAGCCAGGGCCAGCUGAUCUCUGAGCCUUUCCUGCAGCUGCCUUCCAGGAAGGACUACCCUGACUACUACCACCAGAUUAGCCAGCCCAUCUGCCUGCAUCAGAUCAAGAACAAGAUGAAGAACAAUGAAUAUGAGAGUGUUGAGCAUAUUGACUCUGAUUUGACGCUGAUGUUUGAGAAUGCCAAACGCUACAAUGUUCCUCACUCCUCCAUCUACAAACGUGCGCUCAAGCUCCAGCACAUUCAGCAGAUGAAGAAAAAGGAGCUUUUACAGAGAGAUGAUGAUGAUGGAGACAGCAUGCUCUCCUCUGCCACAUCUGACACCAGUAGUACAAAAAGAAAAAGUCACAAGAAGAAUACAAAGAAAAACCGAAUGAAAGUCCUUUUAGCUGCUGUGACAGAGGCACGAGAAGCUGGCACUGGUAGGAGACUGUGUGACCUCUUCAUGGUCAAGCCCUCGAAGAAGGACUACCCCAACUACUACAAGGUGAUCCUGGAACCAAUGGAUCUCAGGACCAUUGAGCACAACAUCCGCUCAGACAAGUACAUGACUGAAGAUGCAAUGGUGGAAGAUAUGAAGCUGAUGUUCCGCAAUGCACGGCACUACAAUGAGGAAGGCUCCCAGGUCUAUAAUGAUGCUGACAUCCUAGAGAAGAUUAUGAAAGACAGACGCAGGGAUCUUGGGCCAGCGACUGAUGAUGAUGACAUGAUGUCCCCAAAGCUGAAAAUAAGAAAGAACAGUAUCACUCUGAAGAAGUCCAAGUAUCUGACACCUUUACAGCAAAAGCUGAAUGAGCUUUAUGAGGCUGUCAAGAAUUACACAGAUAAGCGGGGACGUCGUCUCAGCACAAUCUUCCUGCGGCUGCCGUCUCGUGCCGAGCUACCUGAUUACUACAUCGCCAUCAAGAAACCUGUGGACAUGGAGAAGAUCAAGAGCCACAUGCUGGCUAAUAAGUACCAAGAUGUGGACGCUCUUGUGGAAGACUUGGUGCUCAUGUUCAACAAUGCCUGUACUUACAACGAACCCGAGUCUCUGAUUUACCGCGACGCUCUGGUGCUGCACAGGGUGCUGUUAGAGACAAGACGCGACUUGGAGGGAGGAGAGGAUGCCCAUGUGCCUGAUGUGCCCCGCCUCAUCCAAGAACUUAUCCGCAGCCUCUUUGUUUCUGUGCUGAGUCACCAAGACGACGAGGGCCGGUGCUACAGUGAUUCACUUGCUGAGAUUCCCGCCCUAGAUCCUGCAAAUCCUGAGAAGCCCCCGCUCAAUUUUGAGAUCAUCAGGACUAAUGUAGACCGAGGGUGUUAUAAGAGGUUGGAUGUAUUUCAGGAUCACAUGUUUGAAGUGCUGGAAAAGGCCAGACGAUUGAAUAGAACUGACUCUGAGAUCUUUGAGGAUGCUGUUGAACUUCAGCAGUUCUUUAUACGCAUCAGAGAUGAGCUGUGCAAGAAUGGAGAGAUCUUGAUGUCUCCUGCUCUCAGCUAUACCUCCAAACACUUGCAUAGUGACGUGGAAAAGGAGAAGAAGGAGAAGCUACCCAAGGAAUUUGAGGAGGACAAAAUCAAGAGGGAAGAGGAGAAAAGGGAAGCUGAGAAGAGGGAGGACACUGUUGGAGGAUCAUGGCAGUCUAACCUGCAGCGCACAUACAGCCAGGACUGCAGUUUCAAGGACAGUAUGUACCAUGUGGGAGAUUACGUGUAUGUGGAGCCUGCAGAGCCCAACCUCCAGCCCCAUAUCAUUUACAUCGAACGCCUUUGGCAAGAUGACACUGGUGAGAAGUGGCUGUAUGGCUGCUGGUUCUACAGGCCAAAUGAAACAUUUCAUCUCGCUACAAGGAAGUUCUUGGAGAAAGAAGUUUUUAAGAGUGACUAUUACAACAAAGCUCCUGUCAGCAAGAUUCUGGGAAAAUGUGUGGUCAUGUUUGUGAAGGAGUACUUCAAACUUCACCCAGAAGGCUUCAGAGCAGAGGAUGUGUAUGUCUGUGAGUCACGCUACUCUGCCAAAUCCAAGUCCUUUAAGAAGAUCAAGAUGUGGACCAUGCCCCUGAGCUCUGUUCGGUUUGUUCCAAGAGAGGUACCCCUACCUGUAGUCCGUGUGGCAUCCAUGUUUGCCCCCAAACAAGAGGAGAAACCACCAGAGAUGACUGAUGAAAGCAAAAUUACUGAUGCGGUUAUAGACAAGGAGAGGGAGGAUGUUCAAAUGGAUAUGACCAAUGGGGAGCCAGGGUGUCAGUACUAUGAGCAGCUGUGCUACAACAACCUCUGGCUCAAAGUGGGAGACUGUGUCUACAUUGGUUCUCAUGGGCUAGUGCGCCACCGAGUGGGCAGAAUUGAGAAAAUGUGGAUGCGAGAUGGAGCAGGCUACUUCUUUGGUCCGAUUUUCAUCCAUCCAGAGGAAACAGAGCAUGAGCCCACUAAGAUGUUCUACAAGAAGGAAGUGUUCCUUAGCAACCUGGAGGAGACUUGUCCCAUGACCUGCAUCAUAGGAAAGUGUGUAGUGUCGUCCUUCAAAGACUACCUGUCAUGCCGACCAACUGAGGUACCUGAAGAGAAUGUUCUGCUCUGCGAGAGCCGCUACAUUGAGAGUGAGAAGCAGAUGAAGAAGUUCAAGGGGUUGAAGCGUUUUUCACUCUCUGGGAAGGUGGUGGAGGAUGAAAUCUACUAUUUUAGAAAGCUCAUAGUGCCCCAGAAGGAGCCAUCACCUCUUCUGGACAGGAAAAUUGAGGAACUGGAGGCUAAGUUUGCUGACAUGACAGACGAGGAGCUAGAGGAUCUUGGGGAUGAUGAUGGCGAGCUAGGGGACCAGUCUCUUCCUCAGAUGCAGUCCUCCAUGUCUAGUGACAUGGAUAUCAUGCCUUACACUCCUCCACAGUCCACACCGAAAUCCAUAAAAGGUCUUUCAAAGAAGGAAGGGUCAAAGCGGAAGAUCAACAUGAGUGGCUACAUUCUGUUCAGCAGUGAGAUGCGAGCCGUCAUCAAAGCCCAGCACCCAGACUUCUCCUUCGGGGAACUGAGCCGCCUCGUUGGCACAGAGUGGAGGAACCUGGAGAGUUCUAGGAAAGCAGAGUAUGAAGAGCGAGCAGCUAAAGUUGCCGAGCAGCAGGAGCGUGAGAGGGCCCAGCAUCAGACGUCCCCUAGAGCAGGUAUGAUGGGUGCAUAUAGGUCAGCUAUGAUGCCCCUGCAGGGCCAUGUUGAAGGCAUGGUUAGUAUGACUGGCAUACCACCACAUCACAUAGGGGUGCCUGUCUUUCCCCAACAUCUCCUGCCCGUUAUGCCUGGGUUCCCUGGAAUGCCAUACUUUGGUGUCAGUGGCAUGGGAGGUGGACCUGGAACAGGAAAUAUUCACGGAUCCCAGAUGGGUUUGAUGGGCUCAGGGCAACAAGCUCCACCACCAUAUCCAGGACAAAGCCAGAUGGGACAGCCUGCGCUCCAGCAACCAACCACCCCAGUGUUUGUGUCUCCACCAGCCAAGUCUCAGCGGCUGCUCCACUCUGAGGCUUACCUCAGAUACAUCGAGGGCCUUACUGCAGAGUCCUCUACCGUUAGCAAGUGGGACCAAGCCCUCUCAGUUCAAAAACAAGAUGUGCGCCUCACAAAAGAGCAAGAGAGCAGAUUACCAUCCCACUGGCUGAAGAGUAAGGGGGCCCACAAGACGAUGGCAGAUGCACUUUGGCGACUCCGUGACCUAAUGCUGCGAGACACCCUAAACAUCCGUCAGAUGCACAACCUGUAGCAUGCCCAUAUUCUGAGCCUCUGUUCCCAAACCUGUGAGACAGAAAGAGGGACAGGCUCACUAAAAGUGUCCACUUUGUGUUGUGAUUUAAAAAAAAUGUGUUUGUACUCAUACAAGCUUCUUUCUGUGUUGAAGCUGUUUUUUUGUUUUACAUUUCAGAUAUACUGUUCUAAGUACAUUAUUGUUACGACUGUCAUUCUGUGAUGAAUGCCUUCAUGCUUUCACGAUUAAAAGGUGAACAGUU